CUGUUCGCGAGCAGGAUACGUCAAGUUUGACUUAUAUUUGAUAGCAAGGGUAUUUUAAUUUUCCGAAUUCGUGCUGUUACUUUGCUACCGAUUAUAAUUUCUAAGGAACGCAGUAUAAGACGAAAUUAAAUUAAUCAUACACAAUCAAUAUGCGUGAAUUACCAAAGACGCUAAGCAUUACGUUGCCCACGCCAGGUAGUUUAGCAACAUCUGGCGCUCCAUCGUCCGCGGGAAGGCAAGCAAGUCUUGAGGACAUACAUUUAGAUCAGUUUCUUAAGACCUCAAACUAUGAAGACACAGUGAAACAAUUAGAUAUAUAUUAUGGAAUUGUAAAGCGGCAACUACUUCGCUUCCAAAGCCCCAUAACGGGUCUUUUUCCCGUUAUGAGCACCGAUCAUGAGGUGGGCUCUGUACGUGAUAGUGUAUAUUGCGCAGCGGCCGUUUGGAGUUUAUAUCAAGCCUAUCGCCGUAUUGAUGAUGAUCGCGGCAAAUCGUAUGAAUUGGGUCAAUCGACGGUGAAAUGUAUGCGCGGCAUUCUGGAGUGCUGGGUAAAGCAGGCUCGUCGUGUGGAAGUUUUUAAACAGCGCCAAUCGAAUCAAUAUGCCUUGCAUAGUAAAUUUCAUUUGCAUACUGGUGAAGAAGUUUACCCAGAUGAUGCCUACAAUCACCUACAAAUCGACUUGGUAUCGCUAUAUAUAAUCUUUUUGGUGCAAAUGAUCACAUCUGGUUUGCAAAUUAUUUAUACACAAGACGAAGUGGCCUUUGUGCAGAAUCUGGUUUAUUAUGUUGAGCGCGCAUAUCGUAUUCCCGACUACGGCAUGUGGGAACGUGGCUCCAAAUACAACAAUGGUACACCAGAAAUACACGCUUCGUCCAUUGGCAUGGCUAAAUCUGCUUUGGAAGCCAUCAACGGCUGUAAUUUAUUUGGCGAAAAGGGCGCCUCAUGGAGUGUGGUGUAUGUUGAUAUUGAUGCGCAUAAUCGUAAUCGCAGCAUAUUCGAAACAAUGCUGCCCAGAGAAUCAAGUUCUAAGGGCGUUGAUUCUUCGCUGUUGCUUACAUUAUCCUUUCCCGCCUUUGCAUCGCACGAAGAGCGCCUAGUGGAGCAAACCAAACAUAAUGUUAUCACGCGCUUACGUGGAAAGCGUGGUUUUAAGCGCUUCAGCCGCGAUGGUUUUCUUAGCAAAUUGGAAGAAAAGGAUAGACGUUAUUACCACAUUGGUGAACUUAAAGACUUCGAAGGUCACGAAUGUGAGUGGCCACUAUUUUAUAUAGAAAUGAUCAUUGAUGGCGUUUUCAAGAGCAAUUCAGAACAAAUUGAAGAAUAUCAAAAUGAAUUGCGCAAUUGCCUGCACACUGACGUGAAUGGUGAUCCGGUGGUUACUAUGUAUUAUGCACCAGAUGGUGAGGGAUCCUAUGUACGUGCACCAUCACAAUCGCUCUUUCUUUGGGGUCAGUCGAUGUUUAUUAUAGCACAACUGCUUACUGCUGGUCUUUUGCAUAUCAACGAAUUAGAUCCAAUACGCCGUUAUUUACCCAGCUACAAUCGUCCACGACGCGGUGGUCGCUACUCGGCCUUUCAGGGAAAAGCCAUCGAUGACAAACAUACCAGACCGCGGAUACCGCUAAUACUGGAUGCUAAGGAGGGCACUGCCACUGAUCUGGUAGUCCAAAUUGUUUUGAUCGCUGAAUCGCAACGUCUGCAGGCGAUGAUGGCAACCUAUGGCAUACAAACACAAACACCGCACGAGGUUGAACCUGUGCAAAUUUGGUCUUCCACCGAACUGAUCAAAGUUUAUCAGCACUUGGGUGUAAAUAGCAAAGUUGGCCUAUCUGGUCGUCCCGGACGCCCAGUGGGGUCAUUGGGCACUAGCAAAGUCUAUCGGAUCUGUGGCAUGACCGUUUUAUGCUACCCACUCAUCUUUGAAGUGUCCGAUUUCUAUUUGUAUCGUGACAUGGCGCUGCUGAUCGAUGAUAUUAAAACGGAACUGCAAUUUGUCGGCAAAUAUUGGCGUCUCUCUGGCCGUCCCACCGUCUGCUUGCUCAUACGCGAAGAGCAUAUGCGUGAUCCGCAAUUCAAAGAAAUGCUUGAUUUGUUGGCAAUGCUGAAAAAAGGCUAUUGCGAUGGUAUGAAGGUACGCAUAGGACGUUUGCAGAAUUUGAUAAGUAGCUCAUGCAUUGAACAUCUCGAUUUUAUAAAUCAGAGCAACUUGUCAGACAAUGAAAAUGCUUUUGUGCAGAUCAAUCAUGAGUAUAUCGGCUAUCAGUCGCUGACAGAUGUGCCUAAAGCCCAGACAUAUGUUGAACAGAAAAUUUCAUUAGACAAUUUUAAGAACAAGCCUACCCACGAUAUCAUUGAAACCAUGCGUAGCACCGAGUCCAUUUAUUGCCUCUGCCAACUGUGGGGAAUUCUACUGGAUCGCGAAGGUGCUAAUUUCGAAGUAAAUGGCCUGAGCGUAAACCAAGCGCUCACACAACUCUAUCAUCGUGCCGGUUCUUUGCGCUAUUGGCGUGCAGUGCGCUACUGUUCCUCUUUAUUACAUCACAUUGUCGAUUCGAUUAGUCCUUUCAUCACCACUGUGUUGGUGAAUGGCAAGGAGUUAACUGUGGGUGUCAUUGGACAAAAAGAGACGAAUUUUGAUAAACCAAUGACACCGGCAGAGAUACAAAAUGUGAUGUAUACGACAGUGCAGCCGUACAAUGUAAUACAGGCAGUGCUGCAACAGGAAGUGGUAUUGUACUGUGGUCGUCUGAUCGCCACAAAUCCGUCCAUGUUUAGGGGCAUAUUGAAAAUACGAAUUGGUUGGGUAUUGGAAGCUAUGCGCCUCUACCUGCAAAUGUCUGGGCAGGAAUCGAUUGAUUUGGAAAAUCUUUCGCCUUAUCAAGUGCGUAUACUCCUGCAAAAAGUGCUGACUGUAAGCGAAUGGGCAGCUGAGGAAAAGCUCACUACUUUACAACGUCGCCAAUUGGAAGGUUGCCUUUGUCGCGUGCCGAAACAUUUCUACAAUAAGAUUUGGGAAAUUCUACAACGUACACAAGGAAUUACAACGCAAGGACAUAUGCUGCCCGCGGUACCAACAUUAAUAAAUAUGAGUCGUGGUGAAAUCACUUUCUCACUAUUGGUGGAAGAAACGCUAAUGUGCAUAGACUGCCCAGAAAGACGACAAAUUACCGUGGAGCUUUUGUGCAUUAUAGCGACGAUAUUGAAUCGCAAUCCGGAAUUGCAUUUCAAACAAGCGUUGGAUAUCGAUGACAUACUCAGCGAAGCGUUCACUAUGUAUUGCAAGGAUAACAAUAUCGAGUGCAAGAAUGGCAAUGACAUGAGUCCUUUCUAUGCCCUCAUUUAUACCGAAACCACCGGUUAUCUAGCGCGGGCUGCUGUUAAUAAAGUGUUACAAGGUGGAGCUUUGUCCACAUUAGAUGAGAAUGGUUUCUCAAAUGGUGGCGACCAAAUGCAUGACGAAACUUGUCAUGUUUCGUAAAGGCGAACAUGCCGCUGGAUUUUCCCUCGCUUGCCAAAGUUUUUAGUUUUUAAUUUCUAUAAGUAUAAAAUAAUCUGCACACUUAUUCGUAGACCCAUUUAUAUACUCGUAUACAUAUUUACUACAUAUUCGUACUAACUUCAAAACGACAAGAGAAAAAUGUACGCAACCAUAAUUUGCGUAGAGUUUUCCAUCCAAUCAACUUCUUUCAUUUUACAAAUGUCUCGCUAUUCGACUCUCUGUGAACCUGAUGAUUUUUUGGCUGUGUUUUUAUGUAUUGUUUUUUUUUUUUUAUAAAUACCUUAGCACGACUAAAUUUUGCAAUUUUCGUAGUUAACCCUGCCAUUUGUCAUUUCGUUGAACUAACACGGUUUCAUUAGUAUUUUACAUCACAUUCUUCCUGCUCGAAUUUAUUGAACAAAAGAAAUGUUUCACACAUAAAUGUUAACAAUUUUUAUUUGCUUUUGUGUUUGUUAAAAACCACCUACAGCUUUAUAUAUUCGUUACUUACACAAAGUGUGACAUUUUAAACUAUUUUGAAAUGCGUUAAAAAAUAAGUUGAAUAAAGUUGAAAUAAAUAUUACUACAGUUAAAGCAAAAUACAAAUUUGCGCACUUUUUGUGUGUCCAAAACAUAUAUGCAUAGAUACAAAUCAUCAUACGACUUUGCAAGUGCACGGAUGCGCACUUAGAAUUGAGGUUGGAGGCCACUGCACGGCCCCGAGAGGUCCUUCCUGAAUAAAAGAACUAAAUAUUCAAUUAGUAUACAAAUUUUAUUUCAUUAGCAUUGGCUUUCAGAUCCUAUUUAAAACAUAAAAUAUUUCUUAAUGUUGUGCUUAGUAUCUAACCGGCUGAGUUUGGGCUUGAAUUGUUGCCGCUGCGGUUCUCAC